CGCAUGCGCGGUAAGAUGCGCACAUGCGCAAUACUCGCGCAGCCACCGCGGUCCUGGUCCAAGGCCCUGGUGGUACCUCAGUUACCGUGGUCGGGACGCGCUCGGCUAUGGCGGAGGGCACCGGGGAAGUGGUCGCAGUGCCGGCCUCUGGGGCUGCCAACGGCCUCAAUAAUGGGAUAGGCGGGACCUCCACGCCGUCCAACAACCCGCUGUCCCGCAAGCUGCAUAAGAUCCUGGAGACGAGGCUGGACAACGACAAGGAAAUGUUGGAAGCUCUCAAAGCACUUUCAACCUUUUUUGUUGAAAAUAGUUUGCGGACUCGAAGAAAUUUACGUGGCGAUAUUGAACGUAGAAGUUUAGCCAUCAAUGAAGAAUUUGUAGGCAUUUUUAAGGAAGUAAAGGAGGAACUUAAAAGCAUAAGUGAAGAUGUUCAAGCAAUGAGCAAUUGUUGUCAAGAUAUGACAAAUCGGCUACAGGCAGCAAAGGAACAGACUCAAGAUUUAAUAGUAAAAACCACUAAGCUUCAAUCGGAAAGCCAAAGAGUAGAAAUAAGAGCACAAGUUGCAGAUGCCUUCUUAUCCAAGUUCCAGCUGACAUCUGAUGAAAUGGGUCUUCUUCGAGGUGCUAAAGAAGGACCUAUUACUGAGGAUUUUUUCAAGGCACUGGGAAGAGUAAAACAGAUUCAUAACGAUGUCAAGGUUCUCUUGCGUACAAAUCAGCAAACAGCUGGUUUAGAAAUUAUGGAACAGAUGGCUUUGCUUCAAGAAACAGCUUAUGAAAGACUUUAUCGAUGGGCUCAAAGUGAAUGCAGAACAUUGACACAAGAAUCAUGCGAUAUAUCUCCAGUAUUAACUCAGGCAAUGGUGGCCCUGCAGGAUAGACCUGUCUUAUAUAAGUAUACCUUAGAUGAAUUUGGAACAGCCAGAAGAAGUACAGUUGUUCGUGGAUUUAUUGAUGCUCUUACAAGAGGGGGUCCAGGAGGUACACCCAGACCCAUUGAAAUGCACUCUCAUGACCCUUUGAGGUAUGUGGGAGAUAUGUUGGCUUGGCUCCAUCAGGCUACAGCUUCUGAAAAGGAACACCUUGAAGCUCUCUUAAAGCAUGUUACUGCACAAGGUGUUGAAGAAAGUAUUCAAGAAGUUGUUGGGCAUAUUACCGAGGGAGUUUGCAGGCCUCUAAAGGUUCGAAUUGAACAAGUAAUAGUUGCUGAACCUGGAGCAGUUUUAUUAUAUAAAAUUUCUAAUCUUCUCAAAUUUUAUCACCAUACAGUCAGUGGAAUUGUUGGAAAUAGUGCAACCACAUUGUUGACCACUGUCGAAGAAAUGCAUCUGCUAAGCAAAAAAAUAUUCUUCAGUGGCUUGAGUCUUCAUACAAGUAAAUUAAUGGACAAGGUUGAACUCCCACCUCCUGAUCUUGGACCGAGUUCUGCACUGAAUCAGACACUUAUGUUGCUGCGUGAAGUUUUGGCAUCUCAUGAUUCCUCAGUUGUACCAUUAGAUGCUCGACAGGCUGAUUUUGUGCAGGUUUUGUCAUGUGUCUUGGAUCCUCUUCUCCAGAUGUGUACUGUAUCAGCCAGCAAUUUAGGCACAGCUGACAUGGCCACAUUCAUGGUCAAUUCCCUAUAUAUGAUGAAGACAACGCUAGCUCUAUUUGAGUUCACUGACAAGCGUCUGGAAAUGCUACAAUUUCAGAUUGAAGCACAUUUGGACACCCUUAUAAAUGAGCAGGCAUCUUAUGUUUUAACUAGGAUAGGCUUGAGUUAUAUCUAUAACACUGUACAGCAACAUAAACCCGAACAGGGUGCUUUAGCUAAUAUGCCCAACCUAGAUUCUGUGACACUGAAGGCUACAAUGGUUCAGUUUGAUCGUUAUCUGUCAGCCCCAGACAACAUGUUAAUGCCACAGCUGAACUUUCUUCUAAGUGCCACGGUCAAAGAGCAGAUUGUACGACAGUCUACAGAAUUAGUCUGCAGAGCCUAUGGUGAAGUGUAUGCAGCUGUGAUGAAUCCAAUCAAUGAAUACAAAGAUCCAGAGAAUAUUCUACACCGAUCACCACACCAAGUACAGACACUUCUCUCUUAAUUAUCUUAUUUUAUUUUGUUAGUAAAUAUUGUAUCUCUCAAAAACUGAAGAUUGUUUAGUUUUUUAGUUUAUUAAUCUUUACUUUGAAUAUAAUACUUAAAGUUUUUUUUAUGUCAUAACAUUGUAGUCCCAGUGAUUUCUUUUGGUCUCAGUAAGAUGGAAGUAAAAAUAACAUGUUGAACUGAGUAGGGCUCUGUAGUUCUUCCUCUAUUCUGGAAUCAAACAGUAGUAUGAAAGGUCUGAGGGAUUCUUUUAAAAAAAUUAUUUUUUUGCAGUUUUUGGCCAGGGCUGGG